AUGGCCGUUAUCCUACGCUUCGAUAUAAGGACACUGCUUACGAGCGCCUUAAUCGCGUCCUUAGUUUGCGCCGCGUGCCGCGCUGACACGGGCGGCGCGUGGGCCACUCGUGUAGGGAACGGCGGGAGACGGCUCGCGACGGCGCCGGCGAAUGGGGUAACCAGCUUCCAGCCGACGCAGGCGACAGUGUGUAACUUCUCCCGCGGCGGUCAGUGGCUUUCGCGAAACAAGGCUCCCUACGGCGCUGAUUGCCCUUUCCUCAAGAACGUGGGCCCAGUGAAUUGCAUCAUCAAGCCCAGGAAUCGCCCCAAGAACUGGCUGAACUACCGCUACAGACCCAAGAACUGCGGACAGCCGUGGUUCUCAUUCACCCCUCUGGCCUUCCUGCAACGGAUGCGCAACAGGGUGUUUGCUUCAGUGGGCGACUCUCUCUCAGUCAGCAACCUCAUGCCGUCUCUGCUCUGUCAGCUACACCAAGUCUCUCCUGUGACGGAGAUUCCUAACGACGGCACAUUCGCAGCGCAAGGCCCGCUCACUAAAGUGUACCAAGUCAAAGUUUUCAAUGUCACAUUAGUCAACACGUGGAGCACCUUUCUCAACGAGUACUGGCAAGACGAACAGACGGUCCAACAAUACAACGGAGGCGUUCCCUUAACGGACGAGGACUCAGUUGUAAACCUAGACGGGCUAGAUGCGCAGUGGGCGGCUUAUAUCGGGCAGUAUGACGUGCUUAUAUUGCAGACGCAGGCGCACUGGCAGGCCACCAAGUAUAAGUGGAGACGGUUCUGGGUGAACAGUACCGGGGAUCAAAUCUUCAACGAGUCGAGAUUUUUUGCUGCUUUUGAGUAUGGCAUGGAAGCAAUCAAGAAUCUCCUCGACCAACCAGAGGCGCCGGUGACUUAUUUUAUUUCUGCCCCGGCGAGAUUGGAUGGAUGCAUGGCAUUGAAGGCACUUUACACAGAUGCUCAGGUUGCAAGUAUUCGCAAGAAUAAUCGUCAGUAUGUUGCAUGCGCAUCGUCCUCUAAGGCACCGUUCUCUAACAGCGUAUCGCCCUCUAACGCAUCGCCGUCUAGCGCAUCGCUCCCUAACGCAUCGUUCCCUAACGCAUCGUUUUCUAACGCAUCGUUUUCUAACGCAUCGUUUUCUAACGCAUCAUUUCCUAACGCGUCUCGAUCAUGCUUCCCCUUUCCUUACUGCCGCCGCAAUCCUUAUCCUGGCGAUUCUAGCAACUUCUCUACCAAUAUCGAGUCAAGCCGGCACUCUAGAGAAGGGCAUUGGCCCUGUAAGCUGCCUGAUGAACAAGCACAAGCGACCAUUCCCGUGGCUGCGCUAUCGCUGGCAACCGACUGGGUGCCUCACGCCUCUCUUCUUUCGCCCCAAACAGUUUCUGACGCUCAUGAGAAACAAGUAGGUGCAUGGCUGAGGGGAGGAGUGGAUAAAACGGGAGUGAGUGGAGACAACGGGAGCGAUUCCCUCUCCUACUUUAACUUCAUUCCAUCGCUCCUUUGCCAGUUACACCAAGCAUCCCCAGUGCAUCGCAUCCCAGUGCCCCCUCAACUCGCCCCCCGCACCAGCCUAGUCUACCACGUGCCACAAUACAAUGUGACUAUAGUGAACACCUGGAGCACUUUCCUCAACCAGUACUGGCAGGACAAACAAACCCUUGCUAAAUACAAUAAAGGCCGCCCGGUAACGCCCGAGGAUUCGGUGGUGAAUUUGGAGGGUGUGGAUUGGCGUUGGGGGCGGUACUUAGCUAAGUACGAAGUGCUGUUGCUGCAAUCGGCGGCACACUGGCAGCCGAAACGCACCCGGUGGCGCCGGUUCUUUACAGACAGGCGGGGGCGAGUUGCUUAUAACGAGUCGCGCUUCUACCGCGCGUUUAGGGCUGGGAUGCAGAGUGUGAAGAAGCUGGUGGAUCGGUCCAAUGACAAGGUGACACGUGGCAGCAGCAGCAGCAGCAGCAGCAGCAGCAGCAGCAGCAGCAAUAACAGCAGUGGGAGCAGCAGUGUUGGUGGUUCUGCUGCUGGUGGUAACAAGUGGCCGGUGGUGUUCUUUCUCUCAGCUCCCACAAAGCAGAGCGGCUGUACUGCCUCCUUCGGGCCUCGCACAGAGGAAGAGGUUUUCCUGUACCGCAAGCGGAACCCACAAACGUCCAAAUGGCUUCCGCUUCAGCGGAAAAUCUUCGCCGAAUCACACAUACACCUUAUAGACGUGACCUCUGCUUCGGUAUACCGCCCUGACGCGUUUGUCGGGUCAGGCGGAGUAAAUAAGGAUUGUGUACACUGGUGCCUCCCAGGGGUUCCGGACUCUUGGGUUGCGAUGGUGCUUGGAGCCAUGCUUCAAGAGCGCCGUUUGGUCGGAUCUAUAGGAAAAGUACCACCUUCGCCAGGUGUAGGUGGUGGAGCGGGAGUGGGUAAAGGGUUGCCUUAUACAAUGGACGGUACGGCCCCCGAUGAGGUGGUGAGAUUAGACAAGAGAAAGAAAGAGACAGGAAAAGGGGAUGGUAUGCUGGAUCUUAUACAAAGGAGAAGGGAGAGCUUGUUUUUCCGCUUUCAUAAGCACAAAUCACGUUCAUAG